AUGGUAGAAUGGCUAGCUAAUGAGUUGCAAGUCACCACCCCUACAGAUCUCUCAGGAGAGUGUGCACGUGCUGGGAGCGAAUCGGAGGAUGCCCAAGUGGAUGUUGAGCGCAAGGUGAUCAUAGACUACUUCCUGAGAGAGCUGACCAAGCUUGGACGUGUGAAACGAGGUGUAGACCGGCUUGGCGCCUUAUUGACCCAAUGGAAGCAGAGUGGGGGGUACCCCAAGGACAGCCCUUCUAGCGAUAUCAGUGCUCAUGCACUCAGCUGGACAACCGCUGAAAACCCAGCCAAGGUUACAGUGGCGGAGAAGAUCGUCUAUCGCACUGUCCCCUGCACUAUGCCCAUGACCUCAGACGAGCAUGCAGAGUUUGCGCAGUUGAAAGCGGCCGUUGUGAGACUGCGAGAGUGUUCACCUGGGGUGCCACAUAGGGCCAUCCGAGAGUACAUUGCGUCAUAUCUAGUGGAAUCUACGAGUGUAUUUGAUGAUACACUCACAAGAGACGUGAACUUCCCUGGAGUCUCGUCAGGAGGCAAUGGUGAUUGGCAUUCGCAUGCGCCCAUGGAAGGAGUGAACUCAAAGUACCCGUACUUGUCUCAUAGCAACCUUGUGAGGAAGGCUGUGGGUAGGAAUGCACCAGGUAUCACCGCGAGCAUGCACCGUGCAAACAACAAGCUGCGAACCGAACAGAACGAGGCGCGUAUCGAGGCCCUCCGUGUCACAGAUGCGAGAAUUAGCUCCGUGAACGAGAUCUUCUAUGCGUUUGUGGGUUGGGUUUUGGCUUGGUUCUAUCAGUUUCAGAACGACGAUGGCAUGCACUCGCUAAAAUUGGACGGAACAUAUCUCGCUGUAUACGUAGUUGUAGGGUACCUGCUCAAAGCAGUGCUGAACCGGUUUGUAGUGGCGAAUUUGCCUAUCUCAGAUGCUUUGACGGGUGCCCAAGAACCACGCUUGACUGUGCGGGAACUUGGGAAAGAGCUAAAGGUCACACACCCUGAUGCGACCAGUUUCGACUCCAGGGUGUAUAUCACACUAUUCGCUAAUGCGGAGCUCUAGACACGUUUGAAAGGCCACAAGAAUGUGUACUGGAGACCCGACGGCACACUACAUAUACAGACGUGUAUGAUUUAUACUACGAAUCAACUCGCAAACAUGCAUCAACCCGAGUAAACGUACCAAUCGACAAUUGUACAUAGACUAAACACACGCCACCAGAAAAAUCGAGGCACAGCAAUACACUACUGACACGCAUAAAACACAUACAACACACAUAACACACGGGACAAAAAUCUUUGAAGAUAUAACGAAUGCGUCGAGUAUCAAAGACCUGAGAAGAUGACGGGAGAGGAUGGGACCGCUACUUCCGCUCGAUCUGGGCAGCUAUGAUAAAAAAAAGUCACCACUAAC